AUGGUGAUGGUGGCUUUUCAUCCAGGUUUUGAAGCAAAGCUUUGUCAUAAGGUAUCAAUUGUACUCCAGGUAGCAGUAAAGAAGGAGAUGAGUGCUUUCAAUGCUUUCAAAGCUUGUGCUCCAAUUGCAUGGAGCCCAAAUCUGUACAUUACACUUGUAAGAGGUAUUCCAGGCACUAGGAGGCUCCAUAGGCGAACCUUAGAAGCAUUGCGUCUUCAGAAAUGCAACCGAACAGUGAUGCGGUGGAACACCCCUACUGUCAGGGGAAUGCUCCAGCAGGUGAAACGGUUGGUAGUUGUUGAAACAGAAGAGAUGUACAAGGCACGAAAGGAGAAAGAAGCUAACCACCGUGCCUUGCGCCCCCCAUUGGUCAUAAAUCACCAUCCAGCUUCUGCAACCAGUUCCAGUCAGUAA